AUGGCCAUGGCCGACAAAAAAUAUGGAAACUGUGACGGUAAAGUCGCCGGGAAAAGCCAGCAAGGUACACUAGUUGAAAAGGAGCAAGUAGAUACCGCUUCUACAUCCUGGAGAAUUGAUCUCGCAAAGGUUGACGUUUGGUAUGCCUCUUACGGAUCCAACAUGUGGAAACCGAGGUUUAUUUGCUAUAUUCAAGGGGGACAAGCCGAGGGAAUGAUAAAAGCAUGUGUCGGUUCAAUGGACAAAAGUCCACCAAAGGAAAUAAUGUGGAAAACAUUUCCACAUCGAUUGUUAUUUGGCCGUGAAACUUCAAUGUUUUGGGGUGUAGGAGGAGUUGCUUACACCAAUCCCCUUACUAAUCUCAAUGAUCAAACUCACAUGUGUUUGUACAGAAUCACGCUUGAGCAAUUCAACGACCUUCUGUUUCAAGAAAAUGAGUUGAACGUAGAUUCUGAUUAUCCGUUCUUUGAUCUAGCUGCUCUGCGGUUAGCAGAGAAGGAAGGAUCCAUUUCACUUCAAACUGCUUCGGAUAGUUUGUAUGGGAAUGUUGUCUGCUUGGGGAAAGAAGGCGUCAUUCCUAUACUUACAUUGACUUGCACGCUUUCUGUUGUUGAGAAAUUCAAAUCGGGUGAGAUCCCUAUAAGACCUCCUGCAAAAGCCUAUGCCAACACUUUAAUAAGGGGACUUGUGAAAGGGGGAAGAUUCUCUAUAGAAGAAGCUGAGGCUUACAUAGACAAUGCUGCGUCUAAACCUCUCUAG